AGGCUGCAGGCACAGAGCAACAGCUUUCACCUUCAUCACCUCCUUCACAUACACUAGUGGGCUGAACGCUGCUGAGGAUGGAUCGCCGAGGAGGAGGAGGCUGAGAGACAGUCGCAUCCAGCGGUCCACAGAGGAGGGAAGAUGCUCUGUGCGCCACAUCAGAUAUGAACUAAUGAAAUAUGACAACUUCAGACCGACAGAUGCCGGACAGAUGGCUCUCAUCCAUCGGCUGCUUCCCUCCAUCUCCCUCGCAGGGUGACCUCUCAGGUGUUCCGUGCGUCUCGGUCCUCAUCAGGAGCGACGCGCCGUGCUGCAUCUGCGUGACCACUCCGAAGAAAUGCGAUCUCACCUAAGUGAUCUUCUGUCUGCCGUCGGAUUUUGCGCUCAUCAGCAGGUCGAGUCUCCUUUGCUUGUGUUUCCUGAGCCUCUGACUGCAUGGCUUUCUUGACUUGUGCCCUCAGGACUGUGAAGCAGGAUGAAAAGCCUUCGUGUGUUUAUGCGUCCUCGCAACCUCUCACUAAUUGCAGCCCGUAAUUAGAGCGGGAAUCGUGGUGAAAAUCUCCUGAUUAAACGAUGGAAAGACCUUCUGUGUAUCGACAUAAAGGAUAGAAGAGAGAGUCUGGAGGCGAGGACAUGGUCAUCACUGAUAGAAACAACGGCACCCCUGUGCCUAUAAAGGAGCCCCAGAAGAAGAAGAGGAAGUCGCGCCCUCAUGGCCUGCCCUCUCCGGCACUCUGCUGUGCCUGCGGCCUGUGCAUCAUGCUGGCUGGACUCAACAUCACCCUGGUGGGAGCAUUCGCCUUCAGCACAGUGUUGCCUUCUGCCAACCCCCCCAUCAUCAUCGGACCCAUCCUGCUGCUGGUGGCCUUCACCUUCUUCGGGGCCUGUUGCGUGUGCAGCCGCCUGCCUCCUCCCCACAGCUCCCGGAGGUCUCAGGUGGGUGGCAGGGGCACUGGGUUGAUGGGACAUGGCGGCCUUGUUGGAGGGGCAGCGUUUGAAAUCGAGACCAGCGAGCACACGUUGCAGGACACUACAGCCGUGCAGCUGAGCCCCACAUCCUCUCCUGGGUCAUCUCGGGCCUCCAGCCCAGAAAAGGAGGCUCCUGACGCAGCCCUGCCAGGACCUUGCAAGCUCUUCACCAUGGAGACCAACGGCCCUUCUUGUGUUUCCGCCACCGCAGUCUAUUCAGCCUCUGCAGCAGCAGGAGGAGAGGUGAGGCUCAACCUGCCACGUGAAGAAGUGGUCGCCUAGCAGGGCAGAAACUCCUCCAAGGCCGGAGUGCUGGCAGUGUAAAUAUCCUCCUGGGUCGAGGCCAUGCUGGGUGUGAUAAUGUCCUCUACGUUGUGCCAUAUCUCUGGUUGUGAGAAGUUGUCAAGAGUAUGCUUUUGAUUUCUCUUGCUGUGCCAACUGGUAAUUAGCAUGCCAAGUUAAUGAGACAUCCAAGUAUUUGUGGAUCAUAGGUUUUGGAAUUCAAAUUCCUACCUCUCUUGUGCUGUUUCCUUACAGGUCUCUGUUUUUACUGUGGGGCAUUAUGAACAGUUUUCAUGUAAAAAUCAAAGUGUCUGAGACCAUAAACAUUUAUCUUUCACUGUUACUCGGGUUUAGUGGAAACCUCAGCCGUCAACAGUGAUUUCAGAGGGCUCAACAGAAAAUUUUGAUCAUUUAUUUGUUCUGAAAACUUUAAAGAUUACAUGUGAGAGGUCAGUAGUGAAACAAAGAGGUGAGCUGCACAGGACAUUUGGCAUUUUGUGUGCCCUGCCCAGUGCUGAACUUGUUUUGUGGACAUAACAUAUCGGAGGUUACGGGGGUCCCAAAGCAAUAUUCUCUCACCUGAGAUUAAAAUCUUGGCACAAGUAAGUGAUUACAAACACUACAGCCAAAUAACACAUUUGCAGCACAUUUACAUUUAACAGUGUUGGUUUGUGGAAGCAUUUUUCUUAUAGACACUGUGAAUAUUAUAUUUCUCUUUGCAGUCUUGACACUUUCUGAUUUCAUGUGUACAUUUUGAUUGAGGACACUUGCAACUUAAUCCACAGUUUUAAGGCCAUAUUCAUUUUGUUUUUUUCAGUAAUACAAUAUAAUGCAGUUUAGGUGAUUCUUUUCUCAUGCUGAAUUUGAAUUUACAGCAGGACUCAAACAAAAGAAUGAAUUUCACAGCAAACAUUUACCUCUAACGGCCCCAAUAUUUUAAACAUUGGAAAGCCAAGAAGUUUAACACAGUUUAAAUGUUAAGAUUACAAAAAAAAAACAAAAACUAUUUGUUCCCCAUCACUGUGAUGUCUGCUUGCCAGUUAUAAACCUGACUGGUCAAAAGAGACAUUCAAAUGCUUGAUUUCCUUUCAUGGAAAGUUGCCUUAGACUGAGAUAUCAGGAUUAAACUAAUGAGGGCUAUAUAAAAGUGCACAAUUGCAGUUUUCUUUAGAAAGCCUUUUGUUUGGCUCUGGAUUUCUAUUCCAUAUUGUUAGGAAAGCCUCAACAGGUUUUUGUGCAUGCAAGUGGCGUAACUGUUUCAUCUCAGUAACAUGUACAGUAUGUAGUAGCAGGAGAGUAAACGCCUGCAUACAGACACACAACCACUGACCACAGCAUUCCAUUAUACACUAUUAACUGAAAUUAUUUGUGGUACAGUUCCUCAGAAAGACCAUUUUCUUCUGUCUAAGCUCUCUCUCAUGCCAAAUUCGAGUGCUGAGCUGAAUUUUGCAUGUUCAGAAAACUGAGUAAUGGAAAUGCAAACACCCUGUUGUGAACUGUUGGUGUAUCGUCUGUGUAUUUUCAUUUGUGUAGCACUUCUACAAAAUCUCAGAAAAAAAAAUCAUGUAAAGGAUAGAAUAUUUUUGUGAAGAUUCUAAUUAAAAAGAACCAAUCCAAAUGUGAAUCCCGCAAAAGAUACAAAUAAAAAGCCUCUUUCA